CAAUCUUUUUAUGCUCUUAUAGAACUAUAUAAGCAAUUAGAGAUGCAGAUGAGGUAGUUGCCUUGUUAUUACUAUUAGUACUAAUUACAAGACAAUUUAGAUUUUCCUCUUCGUUUUAAGUUUUACUUUUCAGUACCUAGUUACAUGUUUAAGCUUGAUUUCUCCUCCUCCAAGCUUAGAGAGAGCAUCCCAGAUUCAAUAAAUCUGUUUCCAUACUCUGUUUUUCUGGUUUCGAUGAAACCAAACAAAAAAUCACAUUAAUACCAAAACCUUUCUUUUGGUAUAUUCUAUAAGAAAAUGUGAACAGAAAUCUUUCUUGAGAAGAAUAAGAAAAACCCAGAAAGAAGCAUAUACGAAAAUCGACUCCCUUGUCAAAUGCCCUCUAUGUUUACCCCGUCUCCUACUCACCCAUCAAAAGACCACCGGCCAAAAUUGGCAUGGUUCGGCUUCAGCUACUUAUUAAGCACCAAACCGUUGUAAUGCAAACUUUGAAUAUUUUGACCGAUUCCCGGAGUUCAGGGGAUUGAUUAUGAGUUAUGACCCACAAAAAUUAUGAUAUUUGUUUAGUUGCCCGGUCCUUUUUCUCGAUACACACACCGUUUAUUAACUUCUUCCCCACAAACAGACACUAGAGCUUUUGCAAGACUCGAUGACCAUACAAACAUUAUCUGUAUGUCAUUUUAGUGAUUAAGACGCGCAAUUAGGCUCCUCAUAUUUCAUGCUUUAUUCGACAGUUUCACACUCAUUCAAAAAUAAUAAUGUUACACACCGAUAUAUGUUUCGCGUGAGGUUCACAAUAUCUUUCUGUGCCGUAAUCUGUGCGGUUUGAAGGAACCCCAAGAGUUUGUAUCGAGCCGUCAAUGUCGUAGCGAUAAAUAGAGUAGACUUUGAAAGGUCAAGAAGUCUGGUCUUCGGUGUUGGUGGACUAUGGGGGAAGAUACAGAGGAAAAUUCCCAUGAUAUUAGUAGUUACCGUAUGAUAUUUCAACGGACGUGGGUACCCCGUUUAUCUACUCUUUUUCUUUUUUAAUAUUUUUCAUAGCUUUUCCGAUCUAUAAAGUCUCUUCCAUGUCCCAUUUUCCAAGUCAAGUAGCGUGUUAAGCUCUGAAACGGUUGAACCAUUUUGUGAGAAAAUAAUAAAAACAAGUGUUUGGAAGGCCCGUAUUUUGCAUAAAGAAAAGUAUAGUCUCAUCCGGGUGCUUAGCUGAGAAGUUUUUAAACAUAUGGAGGCUGCAGAUCCUUUGUUUGUUGCGUUCCUUCUCACUAGUCUUAUGCUGUUUCGCUCGGCUCAACAGCAGGGACAUAAUGAAAGUUGUGGAGAACCAUUUAAGUGUGGAAAUCUAGGCGAGAUCGUCUUUCCAUUUAGUAGUUCAUCGUGGCCGCCUCAUAAAUGCGGGUUGUAUACAGUUGAUUGUAGCGACUGGAAAAAUCCCAAGGUCCAAUUGAAAGGAGGAGGACACUGGUAUGGAGUCCAACAAAUCUCUCAGGCAAGUUAUAUAACCAUCAAUGACCCAACGUUGCAGAAAAAGUUGAAAUCCCGUAGAUGUGAAUCUUUGGAAAGUUUUGGUCUUCCAAGGCCCGACUGGUUCUCUAAUGUGUCUUCACCGAAUAUAAUAAGCGUCUUCAAAUGCAAACGCAGUAGUCUAAUUCAAAAUAUUACUUUGCCUAUAUCAGAUUUUAAAUAUUCCACACCCUGCGGAGAUUACAAUCUCUACUAUUCUACUCCUAAUAAACUGUUAUUAGAUAAUAGUAGCUUUCCAGAUUUCCCACAAGACAACUGUUCCUUCAUCCAGCUUCCAGCUGCAAGUCACACUGCAAAUCUCAGUGAUUUCUUUUCAUUCUUUACUGAUAACUUCUUUCUUCAAGUGAUUGUCCACUAUGGUUGUAUUCCUUGUCUCAACGAAAAACACCAAUGCCUCAUUGAUACAACGAAAAACCAUUCCUCUCAUUGUGCACCUAAAGGAGACGGGGGCUCGAGGAAGUGGAAGUUAGGACUAGGUAUCGGAGUGGGAUUUCUAGGUUUAUUUCUAAUAGCCAUCUUUAUAAUCUGCUGCUACAAAAAGAGACGUGCUUCUUCAAAUAUUUUCUCCAGGAGCACCACUGAUCCUUACUUAAAUACAGACGUAGAAGGGGGCAGCUGUUACUUUGGGGUCCCUGUUUUUCCCUUCAACGAUCUUGCAAAAGCUACCAAUAACUUCGCUAGCGAAAAAGAACUUGGAGAUGGAGGUUUUGGAUCUGUAUAUCAUGGCAAACUCAAAGAUGGUAGGGAAGUUGCGGUCAAGCGCUUAUAUGAGCACAACUACAAACGAGUAGAACAGUUCAUGAAUGAAAUUGAAAUCCUUACACGCCUUCGCCACAGAAAUCUAGUCUCCCUUUAUGGCUGCACUUCACGCCACAGCCGUGAACUCUUACUUGUGUAUGAAUACAUUCCUAAUGGCACUGUUGCUGAUCAUCUCCAUGGUGAGCAAGCAAAACCUGGUUUGCUUCCCUGGUCUAUUCGUAUGAGCAUUGCCAUAGAAACAGCAACUGCAUUAGCUUAUCUCCAUGCUUCUGAGAUUGUACACCGUGAUGUGAAGACUAAUAACAUUCUUCUUGACAACAACUUCACUGUGAAAGUUGCAGAUUUUGGUCUUUCCCGGUUGUUCCCCAACGAUGUCACUCACGUAUCAACUGCUCCACAAGGGACUCCUGGUUAUGUUGAUCCAGAGUAUCAUCAAUGUUACCAGCUAACUAGUAAGAGUGAUGUCUACAGCUUUGGGGUUGUCCUCAUUGAGCUUAUAUCAUCUCUGCCUGCAGUUGAUAUAACUAGGCAUAGGCAUGAGAUUAACUUGGCUAACUUAGCAACAAGCAAGAUUCAAAAGUGUGAAUUCCAUGAGUUGAUCGAUCCAAGUACUGGUUUUGAGACAGAUAGUGAAGUUAGAAGGAUGACAAUCGCAGUGGCAGAGUUGGCUUUUCAAUGCUUGCAACAGAACAAGGAAAUGAGACCUUCCAUGGAAGAGGUUUUAGAGACUUUAAAGAGCAUUGAAAGCAGGGAGGAUAGUCCUGAUGAGAAUCAAGAGAAAGAGUUUGAUGAUAUUAGAAUAAUAAAGAGCGAACAACCACCACCACCUUCACCAGAAUGUGAUGAGGUUGGGCUGUUGAAGAACAUGAGACCUCCAGCUUCACCAAUCUCUGUGACCCAUAAAUGGCCAAGUACUAGGUCUAUAACACCUAAUGUCAGUGGCUAAAGUUUUCUCCUUCUUUCUUAUAAAAUUUCAAGGUAAAUUAUAUUAUACAUGGUCAUAUUUAGGAUAUAAAACAGGUGAUUGGGUACAAAUUUAUUUCCUCUGAUUUUACUUUUUUGGUACUGAUUGGAAGCUAAAAUCCUAGGCACAUACAUUUCUGAUGAGAAGUUUGAGGGGGUGUACAUAUUAAAAGGAGCUUUGUAGUUGAUGUUCACGGUUAAAAAUACAAUUUAGAUUAUGAUGGCCAAUUGUGUAAUUUCCCUGCUUUUACUCUACUCGCUAUUGAAAUUUCUUCCAA